UAGUAUAGCGUGGCACUUCCUUGGCGUUUCACUUCGACUUUAAAUCCGAAAAUUUAUAUUUCGUUUGGUGUUUUAAUUUCUUUAAGAUUUUUUUAAAUAUGAAGUUUAAUAGCAUAGUUUUGCUUCUAACAGCCGCACUGUUCAUUAUCCUGGCAGUGUCUACAGGUGUUGAAGGAAAUAUCCCGACCCCACCAGAUGGUGCUGAUUCACCAUUAGAUUUACCACCAGAACCAAUUGAACUACAACAAGCUGUUACACAGCCACCAGCACAACCACGACCACACGCACCUCCACCAAUACGAAUACCAGCAGAACCACAAUUAAUUCCUUCGGAUGAUCAGCUACCUCCACCAAUACAAAGACCAGCAGAACCACCCUACGCAGCCUGAUCCAGAUCCAGGACUACAAACUCCACCUGGCAGCCCUCGUAACAACGAUUAAACUUUACAACAAAGCUACAAUAUCUAAGAUCCGUGUCGCAUUCUGAAAAAAAUAUGCUUACUAAGUUGUGUAUAUUUUAAAAUUUUCAUUUUUGAUCAUCAUAAUAAACACAAUAAUUAUUAUUGUGUUUGAAACUAUAGUGUUUUUUCCAAUAACAAUAUAAUAUUCCAAAUAAAGCAUUUUGUUACUUUAUCAUAUAAAUUACAUUAUGUGUACCUAUCUACCAAUAAAAUAAUG